AUAGUGAGUCUUCUGAUUUGUGUCAACCAGUUAACUAUACUGCUGUUUGGUGCAAAAUUGUUUUACUUGAAUAUUGCUACCAUUCAGCAUCUUAAAAGUAUGAUUUAUUUGAGCAAUCUCUGCUUCUGAGGUGGAUUCUGAAAUUAGGACAUGUAAAUGUAGAACUUUGAGGUAAUUGCCACAAUCAUUGGUGGUUGAGUUGUUGGGUUAUCCAGCUUACUGGUCUGGAUAAUGAAGGGAUAUUCAGGAGAAACUCCAAUUUUAUAGUUUCGGAUAACUAAGUUUAAAAAUUGGACAGUUGAGUGUCUUCUCCAAGUUAGUAGGGUGGUUGUUAGAAUGAAGUCGGGGAAUCGCCAAGUUAUGAUACAGGACAGGGAAACCAUUCAAAUCGCAGAGUUGGGGAAUUUUGUUCUAAUGUGAGUAAUCGUUGUCAAGAGUUUAUAUCAAGGCUGGAUUCUGUUAUGGGGAGGAUAGCAGUUGUGGUUGAGCAUUUGCCUGAAAUGUUAAGAGUUGUGGUUAGCUGAUGACAAUACUUUACUUCAGUUUGUUCACUUAUGACGAUGCAGGUGUUAUCUGCCUAUUAUAAAGGGGGUACUGUGCUUAGUUGAGAGAUUGCUAUUUUACUGGGUAUUACCUGAACUACAGCAAGUUAUCCGUGUUAAGUUUUUCAGAAUGAGGGAAACGCUGUCAGUUAUGUGCCACUUGUCUGGGUGAUUUUUUUGCUUUGGACAGGGCUUCAGUGUGUGUGCUGAUUCUGAAUGGAUGAUUAAAAAGUGGCAGUGUGAUAUGCCUAGAAUUGCUUGCAGACCAUCAACUACUAUGAUUGCAUUAAAAUAAAUGCUAGUCCCAUUUUAGAUUUCGUCUGAAAUCUCUCCAUCGAACUGCAUGAUGGCAAGUCUGUGGAGCUCGACUGCAUUAACACUUUUUUUGAUCUUGUGCAACUAUCUCUCAUCAGUUUAGUUACAAAUUGCAGUUUCACCUGGUGUUGAAUAUGUAGAAGCAGAAACACUCAAUAUUUUUUAAAGUACUUGGAUGUUUGCCUAAAGUACCAUAAUGUGCAAGAUUCCUGAUCAAGGUCUGACAGUUAGCUCCUUGUCAGCUGGUACACAGACGAUGGGCUAAUUGGCCUCCCUCAGUGUUUUAAAUUUUCUGAUUCUACUUUAUAAUGUGGCCCAGUUGAGGGCCAUGCGCUUGCAGAAUAGUAAACCCAGUGCAAAGUCUUCAUCCCUUUAUGUAAUGUUAUACACUGCAGUUAAUUUUAAUUACAUGUUUUUAAGAACCUGGUACUUAUUUCAAGUCUAAUUAACUUGAUGUAAGCAGGCCUUGAAAAUAAGCACAUUCUAUUAUGUCUAAGUUCAGAUUUUGAAGAGUUAAUUUCUAAUUAAAAUGUCUAAAUACUAAAUGAAAUUAUAAAUUUAGAAAUUAAAUGAUCACCCACACAAGCAGAAUUUAGAUGGAUUCAACUAUGAAUUUCCAAUGAAAUGUCAGCAAAGUUGAUCAUACCAAGUGUUUUACUGUACGUGCAUGUGCUGUGCUGCUAGUGUUUGAGAGAGUGUAAAUUGUGUGGAAUAGAACCCAAAUGGCUAGAAAUGCUUUUGUGGGAGCAUUAAAAGAAAUUCUCUGCUAGGUCUUUAAUACUGGGACUGUCAGGAUAGUUAGAGGUGUUACUUGUAAAUUCGAUGGUACGUAAGAUUCAAAUUUAGAGGGUAUAUCCCUUGCCCAGCUUAAAAUAGAUUUUAUAGAUUUCUUCACAGCUGGCUUUGCUUUUAAGCAAGUUUACAUUUUCCCCCCUCCAUUUAAUUCAAAAUAUUUCUUUUUAUUUUUAACUCUGAGCUUUUUACACUGAUUUUGCAAAAAGUAAACAAUAUCCUUAUCCAGUUCAUUCUGCUAUUGACCAUGCAUUCAUCAUUUGGCUUUGUCUUCUGAGACAGUGCCAGAUUCCAUGAAACAUGGUCGUCAUUGUCAUCUGGCUAACAGCUCAUCCAAAUAAGCUGCUUCAAUAAAAUCCUUCCUGGCUAUCUUUGUUUAGCAAAAGAGCACCUUUAUAAGAAAAAAGACAAAUUUAAUGUUAGUUAGGAUUGUUUUUAUAUUUGAAACUUUUGAAUGGUCAAUGUCGACCUGGGAAAAUCCUCCUUAUAUGAUUGUGACAUGGCAUUAGGGAUUUCACUGGAAUCCUUGGAACAUGAGCAUUAUAAUGUCUUUGACUUCCUAAAAGUAUUAUAAUUCGGCUACAGGUUACAGGCUUGAGGAACUCUUCCUCCCUCCCCAAGCUAAUCGACAAGCUGGAUGGAAGAUGGUUUUAUACGGCCAAUCUGGCUGAAGCUAACGCCUCAGAGGAAGAUAAAAUUAAGGCAAUGAUGACUCAGUCUGGUCAAGAAUAUGAUCCAGUCAAUUACAUGAAGAAACCUUUGGGUCCUCCUCCUCCAACAUAUACAUGUUUUCGUUGUGGAAAACCAGGCCAUUAUAUUAAAAACUGCCCAACAAAUGGGGACAAAAAUUUUGAAGCUGUGCCCAGGAUUAAGAAAAGCACAGGGAUUCCCCGCAGUUUUAUGGUAGAAGUUGAUGACCCCAACAUGAAGGGUGCAAUGCUCACCAAUACUGGGAAAUACGCAAUACCAACAAUUGAUGCAGAAGCAUAUGCACAGGGCAAGAAGGAAAAGCCACCGUUCUUGCCUGAGGAACCCUCCUCAUCAUCUGAAGAGGAAGAUCCAAUCCCUGAUGAACUCUUGUGCCUUAUCUGCAAGGAUCUUAUGAUGGAUGCUGUUGUUAUACCAUGCUGUGGGAACAGUUAUUGUGAUGAUUGUAUCAGAACAUCAUUACUUGAAUCUGAAGAACACACCUGCCCAACUUGCCACCAAACAGAUGUUUCACCUGAUGCUUUGAUUGCAAACAAAUUUUUAAGACAGGCUGUGAACAACUUCAAAAAUGAAACUGGUUACACAAAAAGAACUCGCAAGCAACAGCCGACUCAGCAGCAGCGACAAGCUCCGUCCCAACAAAUGCAUAAUCAACAAUCUGCUCUGAGGCCAUUACCCCUGCUCAACCCUCAGCCUGUUCUUCCAGUAAGCAGAGCAGCUAGCUCAAAACCAGCAGACAUGCCAGUCACCACCACUACUCCGACUGGCCCAACUUCCCUUCCAAGUACAGCCCCUACCCCAGUACGUGCUCCUUCUCCUGUGAAAACUAGUAGAGCUCCCCCCACUGCCAACAACCCUGCUCCAGACUUGUCAACAGCCACAGUUCAUGUUCAUCCGUUACCUCCAAAGCACGAAGAAGGGGAUAUUGAACUCAGCAAAACGGUUGCAGUCACAACCACAACUGGAACAACCACAAGUAAUCCAUCGAUGUCUACGAGCAGUACCUCUGCCGUGAAGGGUUAUCAGGUUCCUGUUCUUGGUCAUCCACCUUCACAUGGACAGUCCAUACCCACAACAGGUCAGCCAAUGAGAAGCAGUGGGGUUAGACCACCAGGAAGCAGACCUGGCUGGGAAUUGCCAUCCACCAGAGGGCAUCAACAGAGUGAUCGUGUUCCAAGAAGCAGAGCGCAGGCAACAAAUCCCCCACCAGUGUACGUCCACCCACCAGCUCUGUAUCCUCCUCCACCUCACCCAGUUCCUCUUCCCCCAGGAGUGCCUCCCCCUCAGUUUCCUCCACAGUUUCCUCCUGGCCAACCACCACCCACUGGAUUUAGCAUCCCUCCUCCAGGAUUCCCUCCAGCUCCAGCCACUAUUUCUGCCCCUUGGGUACCUCCUGCCACUCCAGCAACUCCUGCAAGUGUAAUGCCAACAGUCACCCAAGCACCUCCACUUUCCAGGGAGGAGUUCUACAGGGAACAGCGACGGCUGAAAGAAGAGGAGAAGAAAAAAUCAAAGCUUGAUGAGUUCACCAAUGAUUUUGCUAAGGAGUUAAUGGAGUAUAGAAAAAUUCAAAAGGAACGCAGGCGCUCCUACUCCAGGUCCAGAUCGCGUUCAUAUAGUGGAUCGUCAUUCAGUGGAAGUUCUUACUCUUACUCCAAGUCUAGAUCUAAUUCCUCACGAUCCUAUUCCCGAUCAGUUAGUAGAUCACCAAGUCGUUCCUACUCAAGAUCUCCUUCGUAUCGAAGAGGUAGUGGGAAGAGUCGAGGUUAUCGAUCCAGAUCCAGGUCACGUGGGUUUCACAGAUCCAGAUCCAGGUCACCAUCCUACAGAAGCUAUCGCUCUCGUACCCGAUCUCCAAAUUACAAAACACAUUCUCCUUACAAACGAAGUGCCCCUCAGGGUGAAAACGAUCGUGAGUAUUAUGAUCGCUACAGAGAGCCACCACCUCCGUUUGACUACAGAGAACUUUAUGAAAGGCCUCGUGAUCCAAGAGACUCUUUUGAGAGGGAACGGUAUAGAGAGUGGGAAAGGCGAUGCAGAGCAUGGUACGAAUAUUAUAAGGGCUACAGUGGUGGCAAUCAGCCACGACCACGGUCUCCCUCAAAUAAGGAUCACUUCUCUCCAGAGCGCUUUGGUACUGCAAGUGCUAGGCGUGAUGGUUCGCCACACAGCCGGAACCGUCGGGAUGAAUAUCCAGCAGAACAGACCCCUCGGGUUCGUAAUGUGGCUGGCACUGGUAAUUAUCAAGAAAAGUACUCUUACAGAGAAAGUCACACUACAAAAGAAUCAAGAGAUUCAAAGGAAAAAGAAGCACCAAGCCUUCGUCCUGACUCCAAAGGAACAAAACAUAAAAAACACAGGAAGAAGAAAAAAGAUGAAACAGAGACGCUUACUAACCCCGAAUCUUCUCGUGAUGGGAAGAAAACCGGAGAGACUGCUGGCGAUGAAGGGAAAGGGACCUCUUUGUUUCUGCCCCUCAGCAGAGAUGAUGCAACACCAGUGAGAGAUGAGCCCAUGGAAGGAGACUCUAUUCCUUACAAAGCCACAUCUGAAAAGGACAGAAAGGAGAAGUUAAAAUCAAAGAGUGAGAAACAGAAACGGAAAGCAGAGAGUAGCACGCCAAAGAAAGAACCCUCUGGAAAAACAGCAAAAGUAUCUCAGGAAAAGCCUAUCGAGAGAGAGAGAGAGAGAGAGAAAUCCCCUCACACUGAGAUCACAGCAAAGAAAACCAGGGAGGAAUGUCCUCCCAAAAUAGAGGGGACAAAAAUCCAUCUUCUUCCAAAAAGCGAGAAGUUUUUUUUACCCAGGAAGGUGCAGCUUAAAAUGGGGCGUGAAUACCAAGAGAUGAAGAUUGUAAAAGAGGAAAAACAAAGAAAGGAUUACCCCAGGGAGGAAACUAAACAUGAGAAACAUGAUAAAGUAGUCAAUAGGGAGGAAAAAUCAAAAAAGACAGUUAAAGCUGAUGAGAAACCAACUAAAGCAGAGGUAAAAGCUGAUAAACGUAAAAGGAAAACUGAUGACAAAGUGAGAGAGAGAGAACUUGGAACACCUCCAACUAAAUCAUCAAAAGUAGAAACAACAGAGGGAGCAAAAACUUCAGUGAAAAGUAAAUUUAACUCUGGCAGUGAAAACUCAAAAGAAAAACACACAGACUUGCCUGCUGACAAGGAGAAGGCCACUCCACCAAAUGUAUCAGUGAGGAAAAUCAAAAUAAACCGGGAAAGUGGCAAAAAGAUUGUGAGUGGAGAGUCCCCAGCUCCACUAGAAGAGUCUACAGAAUUAGCAGAAAUGAAUGGUGGAAAAUCCAAACCUGAGAAGGUGAAAACCAAGACGAGGAGGAAAGUGGUUGGGGGCGAGGUGGCUGGUUCAACACUUGUGGAUUACACAAGUACCAGUUCUGCUGGAGGCAGCCCCAUUAGAAAAGCUGAAGAGAAAUUGGACACAAAGAAGACUGUGAUCAAGACUAUGGAAGAGUACAAUAGUGAUACUAGACCCCCAGCUGAAGAUGAGAUUGUUAUUGUACAAGUUCCUCGUUCCAAAUGGGAAAAGGAGGAUUAUGAGACUGACGAAGAUGAAGGAAAAACAGCAGCUGCUGCAUUAAAUGUUGUGAAAGCCGCUGGCAGUGGAGCAGGUGCCUCUGUGAAGUCUAUAAACCCUGCAAAGCAAACCGAUAAAGAGGUUCCAUCAGAGAGAUUCCCAAAAACUGCUAAAGAAACAAAUCUGGAUGAGACUCAACAGGAGCCCAAAACAACUGCAAAAUGUUUAAGUGAGAAAGGUUUGAAGACCAAAGAUAAAGAGCAUGGGUCAGACAAGGAGACUCCAGACAAGAAGAAAGCUCUAGUUCAGCCUGACAAGCCAGCAGUUACAGAGCGGGAUAUAGAGUCAGCAAUUGCCAAUAAUCUCCCUCAAUCUUCAAAAGACUGGAUAGUUGAAAAAUUAGAUCCAGGCAGUAGAGGAACCUCAAACAAAGACGCAGGUCCUUGUGUUGAUGGAAAAGUGGAAAGUGUCGACAGGCAGACCUCUAUUUCCAAACACAGAGAGGAGCGAAAUCGUGAUAUUAAGAAGCGGGAUUCUCCCAGUAAAUGUGAAGAACUGACACAAAGCCUAAAAGGUAAAGAGCAACAGACGGACAGCAGGAAAAGUAGUACAGAGCCCAAGAAAAAUGACCACAGUCCUGGGAAGGAAAGGAGACUGCAUACAGACCACAGGAGUAGUUCUGAGUCCAGAAGUGCCACUGAAGAACCAAAAUCAUCAACCCUUUCCAGCCGAGAGAAGGAGAAAUAUAUUUUGGAAAUUAGGAGCAGUAAGGACAGGCAAGUCACUGGGAAAAUGAUCUCUCAUCGGACUGAAAUAUCAGCUGAAAAGAAUGAUCAAGAGCAUUCUGGACGAGGUGACAAGGACCACAGCCGCACCAAGCCCCCAGGACCAGUUAGCCGCUCUGUCCGACAUUCUCGCCACUCCCUGGACCUGGCCAGAGAAACUGAUGAGGCUGCCUUUGAACCUGACUACAAUGAAAGUGAAAGUGAAAUUGAAGAGGACCAGUCACUGAGGGAGGGAAGGGAAGCAAAAGAGAUCAUGCACCAAGCAAGAGAGAUCAAGGGAGUGUCUAUGGGUUCUAGAAACAACAGUGCUAAAAGUCUCACCCAAAACAGCCUGAGCAGCCCUACUUGCUGUCAGAGCCACAGCCCAAGUGAGAGCCAGACUCGAAGCCGCAGUAGCAGUGUCAGUUCAGAGGACACUCAGGAUAGCAAGAAGAAAAAGAAGAAAAAGGAGAAAAAGAAACACAAAAAACACAAGAAGCAUAAAAAGCACAAGAAACAUUUGGACGUUGAGUCUGAACUUGACAAAACACAGAAACACAAACACAAAAAGAAAAAGUCUAAAAAAAGCAAGGACAAAGAAAAGGACAAGGACAGUGACCAGAAGGUCCGAUCAUCUGUCAUCUUACGAACGGCAGAAACUGAUUAGACAGUGGCUGGAGUAUUUGAUCAGAUCCUGUAAUAAAUAGAAGCUUUGUAAAUAUUCACUCGGACAUUGCUAUUCUGCGCUGAGUCCACUGCAACUUCAAAGAUUUUGUUUUCUGUAAUAUUGAGGGUUUAUAAAUUAGUUUUUGUACAGAAUUAUGUUUGACCAUGGGUAUGGGCAGAUUAUCCUGCAGCAUUUUUAAGUGAACUAUCAGACUACACUGGGAACUACUGUGAAAAUUUUUCACUAAACUUUUUUUAUAGCUGUGUAUACAAGCUGACAGUGUAAUUAAUGUAAAUGUUUUGCCUGAUGAUUUGCAGUAUAAAGUAAAGCCUCACUGUGUCAUCUUUUGACUGAAUAAAUUUUCAUUGAAUUCAUUAGAGUCAUUGCAAA